AUGUUACCGUUUCAUGCUAGAGGUAUUCGUUUCUUGAACCCGUUACAAUGCCUCAAACGUUAUCCUCUUGCUUCACGCUCAGCUUCAAUUCCCCUAUCUUUGCAAUGCAAAGUGAGAUUUGCAUCAAGUUCUAAUGAACCAAUAAAUGCCAGCGUAUUCACUAUUCCUAACCUUUUAACAAUGUCGAGAAUUGCAUGCACACCUUUGAUUGGAUAUUACAUUAUGAUGAAUGAAUUGACACCUGCAAUGAGUCUAUUUGCUUAUUCAUGCGUAACUGAUUAUUUAGAUGGAUUUAUUGCAAGGAAAUGGAAAUUGAAAUCAGUAGCGGGGACCAUAUUAGAUCCCAUUGCGGACAAGCUACUUAUGAUUGUCACCACAAUAUCAUUAGCAUUUGCUCCUGGCCCUCAAAUAAUCCCCCUUUCCAUCGCUGGUAUAAUAUUGGGUAGAGACAUGCUUUUAGGUAUAUCAGCACUGUUCAUACGAUUUGCAUCAAUGAAGAAGAAAUACGGUAAGGUAACAUGGAAUUCAUAUUGGGAUUUUUUCCACUUCCCCAGUGUUGAAGUCAAACCAACUCAGGUCUCCAAAUAUAAUACUUUUUUCCAAAUGAUAUACUUAGGAUACGGUGUAUUGCUACUAAUAAUGGGGGAAUUAACCAAAAAAAGUGAUAAAGAAGAGGAACAAACUAGUGACAGCGGUGCCCAUGAAAUUUUACGUCAGGGCUUCUUAUGGAUGGGUUACCUGGUGGGAACAACGACUUGCCUGAGCGGCGCAUCCUAUGUAUUGAGCAAGAGCACUCUUAGAUUUCUAUGA